AUGGCUCGUGGACCAAAGAAGCACAUGAAACGCCUAUCGGCGCCAUCCCACUGGCUGCUCGACAAACUCUCCGGCACCUACGCUCCACGACCGUCCCCUGGUCCUCACAAGCUCAGGGACUGCCUUCCUCUGAUAGUCUUCCUCCGAAACCGUCUCAAGUAUGCUUUGAAUGGCAGGGAAACCAAUGCCAUCGUCAUGCAGCGCCUUAUCCAGGUCGACGGAAAGGUCCGAACUGAUGCCACCUUCCCAGCCGGUUUCAUGGAUGUUAUCACCAUUGAGAAGACUGGCGAGCACUUCCGUCUCAUCUACGACACCAAGGGUCGUUUCACCAUCCACAGAAUCACCCCAGAGGAGGCCAAGUACAAGCUGUGCAAGGUCCGAAGAGUUCAGCUUGGACAAAAGGGAAUCCCAUACCUCGUUACACACGAUGCCCGAACAAUCCGUUACCCAGACCCAUCUAUCAAGGUCAACGACACCGUCCAGGUUGACUUGGAGACUGGCAAGAUUAAUGAUUUCGUUCCUUUCGAUACCGGUGCCAUUGUCAUGGUCACUGGUGGUCGUAACAUGGGUCGUGUCGGUGUCAUUACUCACCGUGAACGCCACGACGGUGGUUUCGAUAUUGUUCACAUCAAGGACGCCAUCGACAACUCCUUCGCUACCCGAUUGAGCAACGUUUUCAUCAUUGGAACCGACAAGCCCUGGAUCUCCCUACCCAAGGGCAAGGGUGUCAAGCUUACCAUCGCCGAGGAGAGAGAUCGUCGUCGUGCUGCUGCCUAA